UUGCGUCUCACGAAUGCUUUUUUUUUCCCCUCAUCCAGGUGAUUAAGAUGUCGCUGCCCAAGCCAGUGAUGCGAGGUCUGCUGGGAAGGCGCCUGCGCUUUCAUCUGCCCAUCGCCUUCGCUUUGUCAAUCGUGGCAGGCGCCGCCCUCAAGGGGGCCGACAUAUUUUACACAGUAACAGAGCCUCGCAAGCAAGCCUACGCUGACUUCUACAAGCAAUACGACGCCGUCAAGGAGUUCAAUGCCAUGCGGGAGGCCGGAAUCUUCGAGAGUGUGCGGCCCUCUGGAGAGUAAAUGCCGUCAUUUCCUGCCACCCAUUCCUGCUGUGAAGAGGUUUCUCUCUUCAUUUAUGUCAAAUAAAUGUAUAUUGAUUCAA